AAAGCACAGGUGUGUCCCUACCCGUGACAAAACCUGGAGUGUAAGGUUUUCAUUACUGAUCCUACAAGGUUUCCUCUCUGCAAAGGCAUUCAAUACAUGGUUGAUCCCCUGUAUUAAAUGUGGAGUGUCUUAACUGGAAAUCAUGGGCAAAUUCUGGAAUGAGUUGGUAAUGUUCCUGAUGGUGGUGAAUGUUUUGGUGUGGACGGAGGCGCAUAAAGAGGGGAAGACACGGAGGCGAAAACUGGAGAGCCAACAGGAACCUCAGCCCCAGAGGAAUGGAUCUUCUUUCAGAAUGCCCCUGGAUCCAAUCUUGACCGGUGAGGCUACAGCAGGGUCAGGAGAGAUGGACUUUGACAAGACCAUAGAGGACAUGGUGUCUCAAGUGAAGAGCAACCCAGCUCUUUCCAAAACCAAAUGUGUGGUGGAUCGCCAGCUAUGGAUGUCCAACAGUCGAAGCCUCUCCCCAUGGUCCUACAGAAUCAACCAUGAUGAGAAGCGCCGGCCAGUGGACAUCCCGGAGGCGAAGUGCUCGUGCUCAGGCUGCAUCAACCCGUUCACCAUGCAGGAGGACCGCUCCAUGAGCAGCGCGCUCAUCUACACGCAACUCCCGGUGCGCAGGCUGCUCUGCGAUGCGCCGCCCGGCCGCAGGGGGCGCCGUAAGAAAUGCGUGCCGCGCUACAGGACCGUGGUGGAGAGCAUCGCAGUGGGCUGCACCUGCAUAGUGGGCUGA